AUGCCAAAGCUCUUCGGGAUGCAGCGCGAAGCUGAACUAUCCCAACCUGUUCUUGGCACCUCCCAGCCCGUAACAGGCACCAAGCGCUCGUUCACCUCGAUGGCAGCGUCCAAUCAACCUGCCAAUAUGCUCGACGCGUUCUCUUCAGAUCGCCCAUUGGACUCGAUCGAGCCGGCCCGCAACUUCACACGCUAUGUCGAUUAUGAUUUUAGCAAGAUGACCGACACGAAGGGUGGCUUCUUGACACAGGAGGAUGAUCCGUUCAAUAAGCAGCUCCACGUGGUAAAUAAGAAAGAGGCGCAGAAACCAGCACAUAUGACCCAGAGGGAGUGGGAACGCCAUCAAAUGCUUCAAUCACUAAGGCGGAAUCGAGAGGGACCAUUCGAGCCAGGCUUGAGUGUUCUCGGUGACAAAAGCAAGCAGAAGACAUGUCGCGAGUGUAGUAGUCUUGAAAUUGACUGGAAAUGGGAGGAAGAGCUGAAGUGUUGCAUUUGCCAUGGCUGCAAGGAGAAGAUCCCGGAGAAAUACAGCUUAUUAACCAAGACUGAAGCCAAGGAAGACUAUCUUCUGACCGACCGUGAGUGUUCGAUUGACAACGUAUGGGAAGGCGCACUUUUGCUAAUCAGCCUGCGCACAGCCGAGCUACGAGACGAAGAACUCCUGCCACGUCUCGAGCGUCCCAAUCCACACAAGUCGACAUGGAACAGCGUGAUGUUAUAUUUACGGUAUCAGAUCGAGGAGUAUGCCUUUUCUGACAAGAAAUGGGGAUCGACAGAGGCCCUGGACGCCGAGUUUGAGCGGCGAGAAAGUGACAAGAAACGGCAACGAGAAGCUAAAUUCAAAACAAAGCUUCAGGACUUGAAGAAGCGCACGCGUGUGGAAGCCUACCGCCGAAAUCGACAGGGAAACUCGGGGGGAGAGUUUGGUGACGAUCUAGCUUCUGGACGAAAACAUGUUCAUCAAUGGGGCCGAUCUGUGGAGAAUCCAGAGACCGGGGUUGGAGUCAAGACAUGUGUAGACUGCGGAAUGGAGGUGGAGGAACUGGGGUUUUAG